AAAGAUGAGCACCAGUGAUUAACUUAUUUAAAUUUAACAUUUCAACGGAUUCUACUCCCACUCACACAAAGAUGACUUUGCGCAUGAGUGAUUUUGGGAGUAUGGACGAGGCAAGGGUGAGGGCCAUGAAGAUCAAAAGCCUGUCACCCGAGGGGAGUAAAAAUAGUUUGUAUGGUAAUUAUAAAUGUGAUGUCAGUGGUAAUGUUAAAAUUGAUUGCGCCGGGGUCACCAAAACAUCGGUUGGGUGGAAACCUCCAAGUAGCUUUGCUCAUAUUAAAUAAGCUCUAUAUUUCAUAAAUUCAAACAGACUUCUGCCUACUGAAUGAUUUUCACACCGAUGAAACCAUAUUUUUUGUUUUGUUUCCUGCCCAGAUGUGACAUUGAAUGCAGAUGAUAAACUUGGAGGCGAGGACGAUGACGUUAAACGGACAGCAACUGGACAGCACGGUGUGGACUUAACUGGUGCUGCAGCGGAGGAGGUCCAAGCAAAACCUAAACGGCGAGAAGUGGUGAAGAAGUCAAAGGUCGAGAAGUCACUUAUCAUCACACCACCUCAGGUACGUGAGACACCCACUGAGCUUUGGUGUGAGACACCCACUGAGCUUUGUUUUGAGACACCCAUUGAGCUUUGUUGUGAGACACCCAUUGGACUUUGGUGUGAGACACCCAUUGAACUUUGUUGUGAGACACCCAUUGGACUUUGGUGUGAGACACCCACUGAACUUUGGUGUGAGACACCCAUUGAACUUUGGUGUGAGACACCCAUUGAACUUUGGUGUGAGACACCCAUUGGACUUUGGUGUGAGACACCCAUUGAACUUUGGUGUGAGACACCCAUUGGACUUUGGUGUGAGACACCCACUGAACUUUGGUGUGAGACACCCAUUGAACUUUGGUGUGAGACACCCAUUGAGCUUUUGUGUGAGACACCCACUGAGUUUUGGUGUGAGACACCCACUGAGUUUUGGUGUGAGACACCCACUGAGCUUUGGUGUGAGACACCCACUGAGCUUUGGUGUGAGACACCCACUGAACUUUGGUGUGAGACACCCAUUGAACUUUGGUGUGAGCCACCGAUUGAACUUUGGUGUGAGACACCCAUUGAACUUUGGUGUUUUGUUGUGAGACACCCAUUGCUCUUUGGUGUGAGACACCCAUUGAACUUUGGUGUGAGACACCCAUUGAACUUUGGUGUGAGACACCCACUGAACUUUGGUGUGAGACACCCACUGAACUUUGGUGUGAGACACCCAUUGAACUUUGGUGUGAGACACCCAUUGAACUUUGGUGUGAGACACCCAUUGAACUUUGGUGUGAGACACCCAUUGAACUUUGGUGUGAGACACCCAUUGAACUUUGGUGUGAGACACCCAUUGAAGUUUGGUGUGAGACACCCAUUGAACUUUGGUGUGAGACACCCAUUGGACUUUGAUGUAAGAUACCCACUGAGGUAAGUUGCGGACACCAAUAUGUAUGUUGUACAGGCCUGCUGUAGAGUAUAUGUAUUUUUCGACUGUCUUAGAAGACCCAUGGGAAAGGGUUGUUCGACCCUCAAGGUGGUCGCGACCCACAGGUUCAGAACCGCUGGCUUAGAGGGUCUACAACAUUCCAAAAUUUUCUGUGUGUUAACAUGACCUUAAUGUUUAAAUAUUAGGUUAUUAAAAAGAAAGGAACUUGAAGAUUUUUAUGAGAGGUUGACCUAAGAAACGAGUCAGAUAUUUCUGAGAAUCCAUAAAACAGUAAUAUUGAUUUAUGGAUGCCCCCUUUCAAUCAAUAUUGUAUUAGUUUCUGUUGGUGUAGUUUGUACAGCUAAUCAAUCAAUAUUGUAUUAGUUUCUGUUGGUGUUGUUUGUACAGCUAAUCAAUCAAUAUUGUAUUAGUUUCUGUUGGUGUUGUUUGUACAGCUAAUCAAUCAAUAUUGUAUUAGUUUCUGUUGGUGUUGUUUGUACAGCUAAUCAAUCAAUAUUGUAUUAGUUUCUGUUGGUGUUGUUUGUACAGCUAAUCAAUCAAUAUUGUAUUAGUUUCUGUUGGUGUUGUUUGUAUAGCUAAUCAAUCAAUAUUCAAUGGCUAUGAAGAGAUAAGUCAUGCAUCAGAUCUGCUUAGAAUGGUUGUACAUGGACCAGAAUUGAUCUCAAGCUCUUUGUAUAAGGUCAGCAAAAUUUGAAGAAGAAAACACAAUGUCAAUUUUUUUAUGUAUCCACUUUUUUUAUGUAUCCAUUUGUUUGAUGUGUCAAUUUGUUGAUGUAUCCAUUUGUUUGAUGUGUCAAUUUGUUGAUGUAUCCAUUUGUUUGAUGUGUCAAUUUGUUGAUGUGUCCAUUUGUUUGAUGUGUCCAUUUUUUUAUGUGUCCAUUUUUUUAUGUGUCCAUUUUUUUUAUGUGUCCCUUUUUUCUCCAGAGUCCUCCCCGUCUUCCAUCACCUCCACCUUUCAAAAGACGCUCUCCUACACCUCCAUCUCCCCCUCCUCCACAAAGCCAAGCCCCUGAAAUCGAGGAGCCGCCCUUGCCAGCGAUUGACAUCCCCGAAGUGCCUGAUCUGCCUGAGAUUACAGAAAAAGCAGUUUGUACAUUUGUGUUUUUUGUUGGUGCUUGCGGUUUUGGGAGCAACUUUUACACAUUGACUUUUUUUUAGAAAUGCUGCCGUUUUGUUAAAUAUGUGUUUGUAUCUGUGACAUGAUGAUGGUCAACUGGUCAGUGGUUUUUUUUUAAGAGGUGGGAUUGCCGGCUAACUGCAGAAUUUUGUUCAGUGGUGGUGGUGACAAAUAUCAUGCCUUCUCCGCCCCCCCCCCAACUUUAACCCUUGCUAUGCCACUGGUUGAGUACUUUUUGAUACCCGAAGUGCAAGGAAAAAAAAAAGUAUCCAGGUAAAAUGGGAUGGAAUAAUUAAAUAAUUAACAGUCAAGCCGUUGUAACACCCACAUACAUUGACUUCUCUCCCCUUAGCCUGUGCCCUUGUAACAUCCACAUCAAUUUACUUCUCUCCGCUUAGCCUGUCCCCUUGUAAUACACACACGAAUUUUACUUCUCUCCCCUUAGCCUGUGGAGAAAAAGAAACAGAAACAAAAGUUUAUCGUGGAGCCACCGCCCCAGCCCCAUGUCAAGGACACACCCAAAAGGAGGAAAACCGCCCCAAAAAUCCGGCUUGUGUGAGUGACGUGAGAUAUUACAAAGUAGUGUUUAUCACACUGUGGUAGGCCUACAUGUGACACUGGCUGUACAUUACUCUCUCCAUACAUUCAAUGCAUUACAAAGCCGUUUUACAAAAGCAAAAUGAUGGUACUUAUAUGAUAAAUCUAACAGUUCAUUUAAUUGGUACCCUGAAUGGUAAAGUUUGAAAUCCAUUGGAUUUUUGGAUUACAUUUGAUUAUGUAAUCUAAGACGUAACAACAUGUGUAAAGUUCUAGAGCUAGUGAUGAUUAAAACAACACUGGCAUGGCAUGGGGUUUUGUUGUACGUUUCAGCAUUUACAACACCAUCAUUUUAAAACAAGAGCAUUGAGUUAACUGAUUUAUUUGACAGCCCUAGAAAUCUGUCAAGACCCAGAAAGUCAAGACCAGCAGAAGCUCCGAUAACAGCAGAAGACUUAAACGACAUCCAGGACCCACUGGACUUUCUGGCUAAAUACUGCAUCAUUAAGUGAGUGCCUCAAACUCAUAUCCAUUCUACUGUUAUGUAAAAAGGAGGAAUUUGUUUGACACUACUGUAAAUUUACAUGCUUGUGUUUUUAGUUUGAUUGUUUAACUGCAAAGUUUUUUUGUUUUUUUUUAAAUUCUCAAAUUCAGAUAUUAAUCUAUAAAUUUUACCCAACAAGAGCUUCUUAUCAUAAUUCAGUUGAUGUGUGACACACUAUUUAUGUUGUUUUAUCUUGGAUAUCUGAAAGAGCCAGCAAUGGUUGAUUUUGAAUUUCUUGAAGAUGUCAUCCACUCUAUUAUCUGUGGCCCGUCAUUUGUUCCGUCUCAACUACAACACGCAAAUAUAUUGAGUGUUGUGCUCACUGUUUAUCAAUGGCCCUUUUGUCCAUGCAUUUGGUUCAGAACAUUUUAUACCAUGAAAUAAUAAAGCGUUAAAUUUUCCUUACCUUUCAAAAUUUAACAAAAUCCAGAAAUAAAAUUAAGAAUUUUUAGUCUGCUUUUCUUAAUAUUUUAAUUAUUUGUAUAAUUUAAUGGCAAAAAAAAGGGAAAACAAUUAGUUGAAAUUUAAUUAAUUUGUUUGACUCUUUUUCCUCAUUUAACCAGACAGAACCAUCUUGUAGUCAAGUUAAAUAUUUAAGGUGUGGAUUUAAAAUAAUUCAAAACAAAUAAAUGAAGAAUUCUGAAAAUAAUUCUAUGUUAGGUGUUGCUAUUCAAAGAAUCAAAAUAAUUCUGUGUUAGGUGUUGCUAUUCAAAGAAACAAAAUAAUUCUAUGGCAGGUGUUGCUAUUCAAAGAAACAUUAAAUCUGAAAUUAGAUUUACUAUAUCAGUAUUUUCGUCCUCAUGAAUAAAAAAAAAAAAUCUUAAUUUUUAUAAAGUUUCUUCAAAAUCUUUUUUAUUUUCCAGUCCUGAUCGUUUACCAUUUUAUGAAGUGGUAUUUGAGGCUACAAUAGUGGAGCAGGUUCCUCGUUACACCAAGCCGGCCCCUUGGGAACAACCAGAAAAACCCCAGGCUGCUGAAAGUGAGGGUGUGGAGGAAGAAGCAGGGGCAGAAAACCCAGUGGACGAGAAAGCUGGGACAAAGAAGAAAGGUAAAGAUUUAUAGACAGCCUGAUAAUUCUGAGUGCCUGUGAUUGAUGCUAUUAAUAGCCCAAAAUAGCCUUGUAAUAAAAAUAAAUAACACAAAAGUUAUUUCAGGUAAAUCUAAGAAGACCAAAUUAGCAGCGGUGAAGAAAGAACCCCCAGUGCUCAACGCUGCACUACUGCCAACAGAGCAAGGGAUGAACCUGGAGAAAGUUGUAAGUGCAACCAAAUUCCAACAUCCUUUCUCUUGUUGAUUGUUCAAGAAAUUUAGCCUUAUAUAUUGAUAUAUAAAAAGGAGUGUGAAAAUAAUAUAGCAGUUGAGCCCACUGUAUUGUGUCGAAAUGUUGUGUCAGCUAGUUGUAAUCACUGUUGUCAGUUUUGCCACAAUUGUUUUUAAUGGCUUUACCUGUUAACACUGACAGCCUCCAAUGGGCUGAUUGUACUCAUAUUUUUUAAUGCCAUGACAUAUAAAGCCACAGUCUCACCCAAAUAUCCAUUUACCACUUAGGCCAUGACUUUAGAGGAACAACACCUCGAGAAGCUCAUCUACACAUUAGACAUGCUGCAGGACAAGAUGAACAUGCUUGGUGGUCAGCUGGAGGAACUUGAAGGUAGAGCUAUAGGGCAAUUUAACAAAUGCAAUCUAGCCUAUUCAAGGAAUAUUAUUUGAAUAUUAAUAUUUGGAGAAAUUCAAUUUAAAAAAAAAAAAAAGAAUUAAAAAUUUAAAGAUGGAAGAAUUUACAUGUUUUCUUUUUUUUUUUUUUUUUUUUUUACAAAUGCAAUCUAGCCUAUUCAAGGAAUAUUAUUUGAAUAUUAAUAUUUGGAGAAAUUCAAUUUAAAAAAAAAAAAAGAAUUAAAAAUUUAAAGAUGGAAGAAUUUACAUGUUUUCUUUUUUUUUUUUUUUUUUUUUAAUUUAUUUUGUUUUUUUUUUUUUUUUUUUUUUUUUUUUAAAUAAAUGUGGAGUUUUCCUUUCUUAUCAAAAUGUCUAUAGAUUAAAAUUUGUUUGCAGGUAUUUUUGGUGGGACCUAAAUUUAAUAUAGAUAAUAAUUUACAGAGUUCAUGAGAAAAAAAAUAUUUAAAAGUGUUUAAUUCAUUUUUAAUAUAUUUUCUGCAUUAAAUGUUUGAAGUGAUGUUUUGAAGUAGAAGUAAUUUUUUUAAGCAUUUGUUUGAAGCAUUUAUUGUUUUAAGCAUUUAAAGUAAUUGUUUGAAUUAAUGUUCAUGUAUGGCUCAGAAAUUUGCUUUUUUUCUUCUUCUUUUUUAAUGUACUUAUGGCUUUUCCAUUUUUUAGAAUUAUUUUCUUGGAAUUUUGUUUAACAUUAUACGUUAAACAUUUUUUUCAUAGCCAAGAGAACAGAACUUAUAGCUCAGAAGGCAAGACAGAGAUUUCCUGAAAUUGCAUCACCCAAUUACUUACCCAAAAAGAAAAAAAAGGGCAAGAAAGGAAACAAGGUGAAUAUUAUUUAUUCUUAAUAUCACUAAAACUCUUAUAUAGUCAUACAUUAUUGUUUAUCUUUUCAAUGUUCAUUUUAUUUAUGUUUAAUCUGAGUCUCCAAGACAAAGCAAUGAAGAUUGUUUAAAUAGACUGACAUAAAGAAAUUUAUUGCAAUAGAGAGAUUUUCUAAUUAUCUGCUGUUUUUUGUUUUGUAUUGUCUGCUGAAGGAGGCAUCUUUCGAAAACAUCCUUAAAAUUGUCCAGUAUGUUCAUUUCAAUCCUUAACAUAUCUUGUUUCACUAUUUACAUGUACUUUAAUAGAUUAUUAGAUGAAUUUAACUAUAUGCAUUAGCUAGUUUCAGCUAAUGUAGCCAAUAGCUUAAUUAAUUUGACAAUAACUCUCCAGAAAAACAAACAUGCAUCAGAAGAAACUCCUCGCAAGUUUCAUCCAGAAGAAAUCACUGAUGACAUUGUUGUAUCAAGGCUAGAGGACAAAUUGCUAAAUGAGGUGAGAAAUUUGGGGAGGACUGAAUUCAGGUUGAAUUGAUAAGAAAUAUAGAAGGGGAAGAAGAAAACCAGAAGAAGGACAAUACAAAGAAAGUGGAAGUUUUUUGCUUUCAAAGGCUUUUGGCCAAAACUUCCACUUUCUUGUAUUGUCCUUCUUUGGGUUUUCUCUACCCUUUGUAUAUUUCCUUAAUGAGAUGAAAGCUCACGACUUAAAAAUUUCUUUUGAAAAAUUCCUUAAAGGCAACUUUUUGUCUCCUGGUUGGGAAAGGCUGAAGAAAAAGGUAGUAAAAAUAUCUCUCCCCCCCCCUCCCCUUUUUGAUGGCUUGUCUGGAUCAAUAUAUAACCCUCUUAAUGGGGGACUGGGGUGGUGAUACUAGAGAUACCUCUCUAUGGCCUGCCUUAAUUUGAAAUGGCAUUGCAUAACUGAUGGGUACUAAAGAGCUUGGGUUAGGCCUUAGUUUUCCAAAUGGAGGAGUAGGAAUAGACACAUGGAAUACACAAAUCAAAUAGUAAAUUUUCUCACAUUUACCACCAUAACUCCAUUCCAUAUUCUAUUCUUAAUUAUUAGCCUCUCUUAAUGAUAUUACCUUAUUAAUUAGUAUCCUUCAAUUCUAAAUGAGCGUUGCCCUUCUUUUGAAUAGAGAAAUGCCUAUUAACAAACCUUAAAUGUCAUGAUAUUAUUGUUUCUAAACAAUCUUAAUAAAUACUGCUAAUAAUUACCCUUGUCUUAUUAAAGUCAAGAUUGUACUAAAGGUAAUUUGAAGGCUUAUCAUUCCUAUGAAAGUAUUCCUUUACCAUCUGAACACAGAUGUGUCGAGAACCAGAUUUGAAAAUGCUGGAAUCAGAGAUAGAGAUUCGAAAGUUGAAGGCUAGGGACAUACAGAACAGAGUGGAGCAAAUUGCAAGUGAGCAAAAAAAAAUUCUUCUCUUCAUGUUGAAUUUGUUUCAUUCCUCUAUUAAACUUUUGCAUUUCCCAUUCUAAUAAUUUUCAUGUCCUUGGAGUAUUUUUUUUAAUUAAUUUUUUUAAAAUUAUUUGUAUAAGGACAUGUCUUAAUUCUGGACACUUAAACAGGGCACAAGUGAAUAUUUUUAGAAUGGUUUUUUUUUGUUUUACAAAUACUCAGUAAUACUGUUAAACAGUAUCAAUAAAGUUAACAAAUUUUAAAUCAGUAAAAAUAGAAACUCUAGAAUCAACAUAUUUGAGCUUAUUUUUUUAGAGGAGGCAACUAACUGUAUAUAAAUCAAAGAAAUUUUGCCUGUUUCAUUUUGGUACACACAAUUAGAGGUUAUUUGACCAUUUGGAUUUACACAGGUGAAAAACUUUUAGCUGAUGCAUUUUGCAUGAACCACUAUUUCCUGCGUCAAGGUGCCAGCAACAACAUGCCUGAACACUACAGAAGACAACAGAGUGAGCUCUACAACAGAUUACGACCUAACCCUGUAAGUUACAACAGGAUCCGAAACAUUCUUUUAUCAAGAAACACCUUAUUUUGUAUUUUAUUUUUAUCUUCUUAUACCAUUUUGAUUCAAUAAUUUAUGGCACAUGUAAUGGAAAGGGGUAUAUAAAUAUUUAAUGUUAAUUUAACAUGGAAAUUUCGGAGAACAUAAAAAGACACUUACUUUUGACAUAUCAUAAUCAAGAGUUGAUGUCUGUAAAGAUAGCAUCAAGACCUUUGAGAGUUAAUUCAGUGUAAUUUAAUUAUAUUUCUAUUAUUUUAGGACUUUGAGAUGAACCUGGAAGAAGUUGAGGAAGCCUUGCAGCAGAUAAACAAUCAUCUACUAACUGAGAAAGAAUUUUAUUUUCUCUACAAUGUAAAUAGAAUAUACUUGUUCCAUAAGAUUUGAAUUUAAAAAUCAUAACAGAUUAGUUUUUUUUUAUUAAAAGGCUAUAAAGUUUGAAUUUUUAAUAAUUCUAAAAAAAUAUAUUUGUGUACUUAACAAAUUGACAUUUUAAAUCCUGCUUUAAAAUCACCAAAAAAAAUGGUCUUCUCCAGAUUGGGUGAGGUGUAUAGAAUUAAAUGUAAUAUUUUUCAUUAUAAUACUUUAAAAAAUUUUAUUGCAUUGAUUUUAAUAGCAUUUUCUUAUGAAUUUUUGUUUUUGUUUAGGUGUUAAAUCUCCCAGGCAGAGAGAGAAUUAAUUUCCGAUUAUUCACAAUAAUAGCUGCUCUAUCAGAGAAAGUCACACAGCUUGAGUAAGUUUAACAUAUAUAUUAUUUUAAUUGUUGCUUUUUAGUUUUUGUUCCAUUUAAGUUCUGAAACUUUGAUGAAAAUUUAAAUAAUUGUGCAUGUUCUUAUUGUUCUUAGUAAUUACAAGACCUAGAAAUUUUAAGAAUAUUGUACACAAGUAAUAAAAAUAUGUUUGAGGUCUACAGCUUAUAUUUUAUAUAAACACAAUUCUCCACCUUUCAUCAAUUAUCAUUUUUUUUUUUUUUUUUUUUUUUUAAAAAAUGUACUAUAUAAACUGUUUAUAGAACUAAAGUAUUCUAUUUAAAAUUUUGGCUACUGUACUUUCUAUUUCUUGGAUUAUGAUUAUUUCUUUUUUUAAGUUGGGAGCUUAUGAUAAUAUUAUAAUAUUUUAACUAAUAAGCAAAUUAAUAAUAUUUUUAUUAAUCUCUUUAAAAAUAUAAAUUUUUAAAUUUCAGUCCAGUAAUAAGAAAACUCAUUAACAACUUUAAUUACAAUGCUCUUGAUAUUAAAAUGGAAAAGUGCAAGGUUUGUUUAACUUCAAAUAUAAUUAACUAAUUUGACUUUAUCCUUUAGUUUUUAAUAUUUUAGUAUUUUUUUUAAUUACCACAAUUGCCUUUCAUCUGUUAAUACUUAUAUGCUCACUUGAUUUGACAUGCCAUUUUUAUAAUUAAAUUUUGAGACAUAAGACUUUUUAAAAGACAUUUAGAUAGUUUCUUAAUACAUUUUUAUAUCUCAAACUACUUAUUUAUAUUAUAAACUAUAUAUUAUAUGGUGAUAUGUAGCCUAUUUAUUCUCAAAUCCUUUCCUAAUAGACUUUUUUUGUUGCCAUCUUUGCUCGUAAAGUUGAGCAUAAUAAAUGUUUUUAAAAACCUGGUUACUCACAGGAAUUGUUUGAGCUACUGGAAUCUGAGCACAUGCCUAAAGGAGCAGCCCAGGCAGCAAGUUUAGCUGUUGAGUUGACAGCUGGUGGCCUUAGACCGGAACACACCAGAUAUGUAAGAUUUUUUUUUUUUUUAACUAUUACUUUACAAAAUUUCCUUUUUGAAAAAAUAAUAUUGUAGGCUAAUUCUGUAGGCAUUUAAAAUAAAAUGGUUCGUUUUUGUUAAGUUUUGAACUGAUUUUUUGGUAAAUAAAAUAUUUUACUUUUACCUAAAUGGGUCAUAAUCAAAUGCAUAAGAUACAUUUAAUACCUAAUUCAUUAACGGAUAGUUAUACCAGUAUCUUUGAGUAAAGAAAUUUUGUCCAUCAGAAAAGGGUAAGAAAAUAAAUUUUGGAAUAUCUAUUCUUUCAUAGUCUAUAACUUGUAAGCAAACUUACAAUAAAUAUGAUAAAUACAUAUUUGGAAAGGUUCUUUUAAUCUUGUUUAUUAUUUUCAGGUGUUAAAUAAAUUUAACAGAGACAGUAAAGGAAUAAUAGACUUUUUGGAUUUUGUGACUUAUGUUCCUUUAUUUGUGGAGAUUCAUAAACGUAUUAUCAACAAUCCACUUAGUGAAAGAUUUGAUCUGUGAUAUUUUUUUAUUAUUUUAUGAAUAUUGUAUCAUAUCUAAAAAUUUUAGGAACAGUAUCAGAUUUAACUAUUUUCAAUGUAAGAAAAAAAAAACAUGUUUGAAUUCAUAAACAGGUGUGUGAUUAUAAAAAUAACUACAAGUUUUGAACUACCAACUAAAGUUUUCAAACACUCUGGUCAUUUUAAAAGUUCUGACAUUGGUUCUAAAAUUUUAUUGGCAAAUUCAAUACAUUUUUAGCCAAAUUCUCUUUUCAAAUUAUCUAUUUAUUUUAUUAUCAACAUAAUAAUUGUUUAUUGCUGACACACAUUUUUGCCAUUAUUUCUAUACAUUUAUAAAUUGGAUUUUGUAUUAAAAAUUGUUGUGUAAUAAAUUUUUAAGGUUAAAAAAUUAAAAAACCAAGCCUUUUUAAUGGUAUGCAAUUACUGUGAUAAAUAUAUUUUCUUCCAAAUUGUAAAAAUAUGAUUUUGUUGAUGUUAUGAGUUUCUUUAUUGUUAAUUUUUUACCAUUAAUGCAUUUUGGUGUCUUAUAUUCUCAGGUCCGAAACCUGAGACUGAAAUAUUUUAAAGAGAUCUUCAAGCUCUAUUUCUUUGAUAACAGUAAUUCUGGCUGUUGCAAAAUACUAGAUUUAAUCAACAGUCAUUUCUAGAAUUGGUCUCAAGAGAAAAGAGCAUAUAUUCUAUUAAAAGGUAUCACCCUCAUGGAAGAGAGUGUGAUCCAACAGAUUGCAACAUAACUAUAUGUUUAUGAAGAUAAUUUAUCCUAAAAAUUAUAAGAUUCAAAUAAAAUAGGUCCUGAAUAUUUUUUACUAAUCCAGUAAAGAAAGUAACACUUUACCCAGCUUAUUCAGAGAUUCAUAUGCUGAGGGCAAAUUUUUCACGCUGUUUGAAAUUGCAAUUUUAAUUCAGCUACAAAGAAGCAAAUAUUUAUUAGAACAUAGCACUCCAUACCCUGAACAUUAUAUCCAAUACCCUUCUUUUUACUGUACAACUCAGCUUCUAUGUUUCUAUUCUCCCUAUUUUUAAGUAUUCCUUAUUUUUUCACAAUCAAUAGUUCAUGUUCCAAUGCCUUAAAUGAUUCAAAUGCCAUGUCUCUCUAAGAUUAUAUUCUUGUAAACAGUAAACAUAGGAUAAGAGGUUGUACAUAUAUUCAAUUGUGAUAUUUUAUGUGUCAAGAAUGAAUAAUCACAAGGAAUAAAUGAUUAAAAUUCAGACUUUAUUUCUAAAAAUUAAUUUUAAAAAUAAAAUAAAACUAAAGAGCAUUUAAUUUAUUUAAAUGAAUAUCAUGGAGGAUUUUUAUCUUUUUGCAAUUGCAUCCAAUAGACUCAUUGUGGUUUUCAAGAUUUACCACAUAGAAAAAGUUCCAUUUGCCCUUUUAAUAACUUUUGAAAAAUAAAAUUCUGAUUGAAAUAUUAAUUUGAGAUGUUUAAUUACUUCCUUUUACUGGGCUGUGAAAAGAUUUAAUUAAUUAAACAUGAAUGGACAAUAUACCUCUAUUAGAGAAAGUGUACUAUUGUUUAUUUUUCUUAAAGUAUUUGAAAGUUUGGAUCUUUCUCAAGCAUUAUAGAAUACAUUUUCUGCAUUCAUAUGUAAAGCUAAAAGAUUUUUUACACUUAUUUUUUAAAAAUUAUCUCAGAGUAGGCUAUAAUCAUCUUAAAUCUAGUUCAUUUACACUUAAAAAUAAUAAUGUGACCCUUAGUCCCUCAAAGCAAAUGUUUAUCUGCAAAUAAGCUGUAGUUUAAACAAAUGUUUGCAUACUGCCUUGAGUUUUCUUAAUCUUCCUAAUUGUUUAGGAUUUGUAAUGUCAAACUGAGAGAAAUUGAUAGUGCAACUUCAGAUGUCUGUACAACCCCUGAAGCCCAUGAGCAUCAAAUUUAUGUGCAUGGCACAUAAGAAAAUACUUAAUGAACAUUUUUUAAUUUAUUGCCAAUAAUAAUUUACUUCUUUAUACCCAUGAAUGAUGCUUAAAAAUAAAU